AUGGAUCGAAUCAAAGGUCCAUGGAGUCCCGAAGAAGACGAGAUGCUUCAGCAACUCGUGGAGAAACAUGGUCCAAGAAACUGGUCUCUCGUCAGCAAAACAAUCCCUGGUAGAUCCGGGAAAUCCUGCCGCUUACGGUGGUGCAACCAGCUUUCGCCGCAGGUAGAGCACCGGGCGUUUACGCCGGAGGAAGACGAGACGAUUCUUAGAGCUCAUGCGAGGUUUGGUAACAAAUGGGCUACGAUUGCCCGGUUGUUAUCGGGUCGGACUGAUAACGCCAUUAAAAACCACUGGAACUCCACCUUGAAGAGGAAGUGUUCUUCCAUGACGAAUGAAGAAUUUAACGAGUUUUCGAUUCAGCAACCGUCGUUGAAACGAUCUGUUUCCGCCGGCUCAGGGGUUCCGGUGUCGGGUUUUUGCUUCAAUCCGAGUAGUCCGUCGGGAUCUGACGUCAGUGAUUCGAGCGUUCACGUUUACCGGCCGGUGGCGAGACCCGCCGCACCGGUUAACGAUCCGCCGACGUCGUUAAGUCUAUCGCUUCCUGGAGCUGAAUCAUUUGAAGCGUCGUCGGUGUCGAUGUCGGCAGCGGCGACGGCGACGGCGACGGUGACGCAUCCUCCGCCGGUUCCGAAACCUGCUCCGAUGGCGAUUUCGGCGGCGAUGCAGCAACUUCAGGUAUCCCGACCACCGAUUGAGCAGCCGGAGAAGGUGGUUCCGCCGUUUAGUGCGGAGUUUUUAUCGGUGAUGCAGGAGAUGGUUAGAAUGGAGGUGAGGAAUUACAUUACCGGAGUAGAACUUCAACAGGCCAGUAAUGGCGGUGGCUGA